AACUGGAAUCUACUCCACCACACAAACAACUUUCAAAAAUAUUUACUAAUUAAUUAAAUAAAUGUUAUUUUUAUUUUUUUAUUACAGAGAAAGAAAAGAAGAAAAGAGAAGAAAAGACACCCUCGUAUAUAUACACUGCCCACAACCCAUCUCCGUCACUUUUACACAUUUUUAACUUUUUUCUCUCAUUCCUCGCCACCCCUCCUCUCCCUUCCCUUUCCCCAUAUCUUCUCGCUGCCCUCUUGCAAACCCCGUAUAUCCUCUUUGUUAACGUCUGGGGUUCUUUUCUUUCUUUCUUUCCUUUGUUUUCGUUGGUUGGUGGUGGAGGUGGUGUACGAUGAUGAGACGAUGGUGAAAGAUGAGUGGGUUCGGGCGGCGAUGACAGAUGACAACGUGGUGGUGGAGCUUCUGGUGAGGCUGAAACAAGCGCAGGCAGUGCCAUCGGCUCCGAAAUCUGCGGUGGCUGCACUUAGAUGGGGGAUGCGGCAGCCGAGGUCUAGGUCCAUGUCGAUGCGAUGCGACGCCAAGAAAGAUGGGGAUUUCAACGUCGGUACCAGAGCUAGCCCCACCACGCCUCUUUCUUGGAGCGGUGGCGGCGGCGGCGGCGCCUCUCCUUCCACCGCCGGUGGCUUCGAAGAGACCAGUAGACACGCCGUUCGCUCUCCUCCAGCUGCACUUCCAGAUCCAAGGUUUUACGUUUUUCACGUGAGGUCAGCACCCAUACGCAGAUUGGAAGCGCCUCACGUUUUCUUCUCGCCUCUUUUCCGGUCACCUGUCAUUCUUUUGUUGGCCUUUUUAGAUUUACCAAAUCGCCCUUCCAAAACCAAACCCCCCCUUAGAUUCUACUUACCAGGAUGUCCAGUACGCUUUUCAGUAAAAGGACAAUUUCGUCAGGCAAAAGAAAUUCACUGGGGCCCAUCCCCCACCGUCUGCGUUCUUUCGGUUGGGUGUAAUGUUGUUGAUGAUGAUGAUCAAGGGACAGAGCGAUUAUCAGGUGUGACGCGGGUGCAAUCCAAUUUGGGCACUGCUGCUGCUAAUGAAACCACUAGCACAUCCACCAAGAGGCCAAGAAGGAAGAAGACAUUUGCUGAACUUAAGGAGGAGGAGACUCUGCUUUUGAAGGAAAGGGUUUAUUUGAAAAAGGAGAUUGCAUCCAUGCGUGCUACUUGUAAAGAACAGAGAGCCAGGAAUGAGAACUUGAAAAGAAUCAAGCUUGAUUGGAACUUUCAUACUGCAAAGAACUCGAGUUUAAUUGUUGAUGAACCGGAGGAGAAAGUACCUUGUAGUAAAUUUUGCCAGAGAGUACCUUCCUCUCUUAACUACAUUCCCACGACCACCUUGCCGUCACAUUCCCUGGAUGAUCAAAAGCCACUGUUAGAUUCUUGCGAUGCAGGGAAGGCUGAUUCUAGUGGGGACAGUUGUUUCUUACUGCCUGAUCUAAAUAUGAUGCCUGCUGAUGAUGAUUCCGGCACCGAGAUGUUAUAUGGGACUAGCUGAGAAAAGAUGAGCUGACUACUUUCCCCCUUCUCGCAGCCAAAGGGUGUGAGAAAGUGGAGGGGUUUUACUCGACCAAACAAUAGUGACACUGGCCAAGGAACUUAUUUGCUGAUGUAACUAAUACCAAGACUCCGGCCAGGCAAACAGAUUUAACAGUUUAAAGUUGCUCCAGGUGCCAACACUCGAAAGGUUUACAGAGAAGAAUUUUCAGGGUAGUGUAGAAAUCCCUUUAGCCUGUGGAUGGUGUAGAGAUUCUUGUCAUGGGUUGCAGCAGAUUUCCCACAUUCCUCCGGAAUUCGUUGGGGUAAACCCUCAUUACUUCUUGUUUCGGAAUUAUGUAGAAAAUAAUUGCGAUUCUUUGUAGGUACCAAUCCCACGAUGGCCACGCUGUGUAAGCUUCUCGAAAACUAAUUUUCACAAAUUUUGUUGUUAGAAACUCGGCUUCCGGUACCCCCUUUACCAAAUUAUUCUGUAAGCAUGGGGUAGGAAUUUCGGAAAAGGACUUUCCCACAAUCUUUGAUACUGUUUCCUUACAACCUUCUUUAGUAGCGAAAUUCCUUUUAUGAA